AUGCCGAGGCGCCAGACGUACACGGUCUGCAGCGGCUGCAGCAACUGGGUGUAUGAUUGGAAGCUGCAGCGCACGGGAGGCUGGUGCAACAAGUGCAACGACUACCUCAGCGGAUGGAGUGAGCAGCCGCCGUCUGCGGGCCGCAGCCAGCGAGGGGAUGGCAAACCCCCGUGGGCAAAGCAGCCAGUCACUUCGCCCGCGGACGAGCUGCAACACAUCAUCAACAAGUUCCAGCUGGGGAAGGGCGCCUACGCCACAGCCAAGGCCAUGGUCGACCUUGGCCCGCUGCAGGCGCUCCAGGCCCAGCUCACAGCCAAGGCGCCGACGCCCGCGGAGAUCCCGAAGGCAAAGGCGCUCAGGCAGGCGAUCAGCAACUUGGACCAGAAGAAGGCGGCGCUGGCGAAGGCGACGAGCCAACUCGCGGAGGCGGAGCGCUGUCUCGGCGUCGCCACGGAGAGGCACAACAAGGCGCUGGAGGAGGCAGCUGACGCGGAGGAGGAGCACGAGGCAGUCCUGCGGGCGUACUCCAGCGAGGCCAUCCCCUCACAGGACGAGGCUUCGGCUACGGAGUGGAAGGCGCCCGAGGUGGAUCCCACGCUCUUCGACAACCUGGACGACUUCGAGCCUGAGGAUAAGAAGAAGCUACUCAAGUUCAGGUCGGAUCUGUCGUCCCUCGCGAAGCUGCUGGAGAGCGCCCAGAAGCAGUACACGGAGUUCACGGAGCUUAAGAAGCAGGCGGACGCCAUCCACGCUUCCCACAAGGCGAAGAAGCGGAAGGCGAACACAGGCGAAGAGGCACCAGCAGCUGCACCUCCACCAGCAACUGACGACGACUCCAAGGCAACCGCUGGCUCUGAGGCGGACAAGCAGCCGUCAGAGGAGGAGGUGCAGCAGCGCAAGGACAGACUGGAGAGGAGCCUGCUCAAGCUGAAGGCGCUGCUGCUGCUGGUGGCCAUCGCCUUUAGCAAGGUGUUCUUCUCGAACAUCACGCAAUGGGGCCCCAAGGCCCACAAGUUCAUCAACGAGCAGGGCAACGACAUGGACAUAAUCAUGAUGUGCGAGACGCACUUGGCGCAGGAUCAGAUGAAGCAGGUGAAGGUGGACGUGGCGAAGGACGGCUGGAAGUCGGCGGGCACAGCGGCGGUGCCCACGAAGCGCUCGGCGAACGGGACCUCGGGUGGUGAGCUCAUCCUGGUCAAGUCUCACAUCGCCUGCUCCACCUACGACACCAUCAGAGAGAGGCUGCAGAAUGACGGGAAGAAGGACCCCUUCUACGGCUUCACGGCGGUGAAUCUCCACACCAAGGCGGGCAACGUGGUCUUGGUCACAGCAUAUUGGUUACCAGGAGCUGGUCUGCACGGACCCAACCGAGAGAGGGUCAGAGCGCUGGCAGGAUUCGUGAAGGCGCUGGCGGACCCGUGGGUGGUCUUGGCGGACUGGAACGUCACCUUCGCGGACAUUGCCAAGACGGGCUACGUGCAGCAGAUCGGCGGGGCGCUGGUCAAGCCAGACGUGGAGGUCACCUGCGACAAGGGGAAGGGCAGCCUGAUCGACUACGGCAUCGCAAGGAAGGACUUCGCGCACAAGGUCAAGCUGGAGGCAGUCCGCACGGUGCCUUGGCGAACACACUGUGGACUGACGCUCACGCUGGAAGGCUCGGCGACGGCCUGGUGGCACCGUAAGAUGCAGAUACCGAAGGAGCUGGCGACACCGCCGCGACCGAGGAAGUUGGCGGAUCCGAACAGCAAAAGGACCCGCAAACGACAGGAAGAACGGCAACGAGCAGAGGAGCGACUGGAGCCGCACCUUCGGGAAGCCUUCCAGGAGCAGGCCAUGAUCGAAGAAGCGGAGUCAGAGAAGAAGGUUAAGGACUUCUACAUCACAGGUGGGACUUGGACGGCGGCGGUGGCGAUGGCGAGCUUAUCAGGUUCGAGCUCGACACCCUCGGCGUCCCAGAUAAUUCUUUUCGGGGGCAGCCAGGGCCGCGCCCCACCUCCAGCCUCCAGCGCGUGGCCGCUCCUUGCGAGCGUUGAGCCGCCUGAGGCUGUCGGCCCUCCAAGCAUGGAGGAUAAUGGGGUGCUGGCGUUCCCUGCUGCUUGGCCCGCCGCAUCUCAGAGGACCUCAUGCUGGCACCUGUCUAAGGAGCUCCAGUCAUGGGACGACAAGCUCAUCAUCCGAGACGUCAGGCACCGCGAGGCAGAGGCAGCAGCGACGAGGAUGUACGGCGACUGGGUCACCUGUCUGGAGGAGGCGGCGAUCCUCACGGAUGAGAUCGACGAGGAGGAGGCCGAGCACUACAGAGGACGGGCUUCGGGCUUCGAGGUCAAGUGGGUCAAGGCGCGUUCGACACCAGGUCGCACCCACAUGAAGUUCGGUCCAGCGGAGCAGUGGGGCAUCCUCAACGCCAUCCUCAUCAGGUACCAGGCGCUGUACACCAACGGCACCGACGGCAGGCAGCAGGCAAAGUGCUUGGUGGAGGCAAAGGCGCAGGGCAAGGUCCUCCAGCAGAUGGAUCAGAGCCAGGUCUUUGGCAGGAAGCACGGCGCUGCACAGCAGCAGAUGUUCUACGAUAUACUGGACGACCUGGCGGACCUGGAUGAGGGGCAGCUCGGCAACUUAGUCAUGCAGGCAGAGGGCCACCUCGCCACUGCGCAGGCGCGUGGCUUCACGGCGCAGCAGAAGAACUUCACGGC